AACGCCUUUUGAAGCAAAGGGUUUACAGAAAAAAAUGUCUAAAUCGUUUGUUCGGUCCAUUAAGAAUGUGGCCAAUGGCUAUUCUUCUGUUCAAAUCUUGGUCAGAAAGGCCACUUCAAAUGAUUCAACAGGCCCCACCACCUAUGAUAUGGAAGAAAUAAGUUCAUACACUUAUCAAUCUCAGACAGAUUUUUUGGAAAUCAUGGACAUGUUAGACAGGAGACUUAAUGAUAAGGGUAAAAACUGGAGACACGUGGCAAAAUCUUUGACUGUGUUAGACUACUUGGUAAGGUUUGGAUCAGAAAAGUGUGUAAUGUGGGCUAAGGACAAUUUGUACAUCGUCAAGACCUUAAGAGAGUUUGUUCACUUUGACGAAGGAAAUAACGAUCAAGGUGCAAUAAUAAGAGUCAAGGCCAAGGAAUUGGUAAGUCUUUUGAGAGAUGAUGACAGAUUGGCUCACGAGAGACUGUUGGCUGCCAAAGCCAAUGGUUCUAGAGGAGAUGAUAGAAGACGGGGUAGAAGAAAUACUCAAUCUAGACAGGAAGAACCUUAUGAUAACGACUUGGAAAGAGCAUUGGAAUUGUCAAGAUUGACUGCAGAACAAGAAGUCAACCAAAGAAAUAGAAACCAAGAUCAAGAGGAUCCAGAUUUGCAAGCGGCCCUUAAAUUGUCCUUGGAGGAGGAAGAAAUGAGAAAGCUCAAGAAUCAGCAAAAUGAUAAUUUAUUGGAUUUGGAUGAUGGUCCUUCGUACUACCAACAACAGCAACCCCAAUAUUACAUGGCCACCGGAUACUAUCAACAACCUCAACAAUAUGGUCAGCAAUAUGAUAUGUUUGGUAAUCCAAUACAGAACCAGAUGAUGACCGGAUACUAUCAGCAGCAACCCUCUCAACCUCAGUUCACCGGUUUCAACUACCAGCCCCAGAAGCAACCCCAAGAACUGUUGCAGCCCUUACAAACCGGCUCUAACAAUCCGUUUGCCAUGGGUUCUUCGCAAGCCCAACCUCAGUCUCAAACCUUGAACGAUUUGGCUCAACUGCAGCAACAACCACAACAACCUCAAUUCUUCACUCAACCAACCUCUCAAUCAACUCAAAAGUUACAAUCUCAGAACACAUCAUCAUCCAAGUUUGGUGAUCAUUCUCACCCUGAAUUGAAUAAUCUUUUAGCGCAAGGAACAGGUAUUGACACUUUUGGUAAUACCGGUGAUGCAAGGGUAGCACAUCACUACACAAAGGGAGCUUCUUUUCUCACCUCCAGUGGAACUGGGAUCCAACAAACUGACAAGGCUUUGUACGCUCAUACGGGAAACCCUUUCAUUCCUCAACAAACCGCUCAACCAGGUCAAAAUCCUUCAUCGGCUCCUCAAGCUCAAAGACAGCAACCAGUAUACACGGGCUAUGGUUUUGGAAAUGCUGCCCCCUCGAACUCGGCUCCCAAUCAAAGAACAGAUGGUCCAAGCUUGAUUGAUAUCUGAGGUUUCUGUAUUCAAUAAUCGAUCAAUGUUCAGUCAACUUUAUUGUUAGUAUUAUUACUGUAAGUAUAUUAUAUAUACACUAUUUCAUUUCAGUUGGCAAUAUAUUUAUCAAAAGGUUCAAUCUUUUGCUUGAAUAUAGAUUUCACACACCAGUCCCAUUCAACGAAUGUACAAUUCUUCGGCAAAGACUUGAUUAAUUUGGCAUCUUUAGUCUUGUUAACAAUUAGAAUUUUAUCGCCAUCCGAUUCAAGAAGGUUCUUCUGACUACUGAUAGUCUUAUUUACAAGUUUCAACUCUUCUACUCCAUGGCUCAAUAGAAUUCUUGACAAAACUUCGAAGCCUCCAUUCAAAUUGGCAGAUAAAUUUAACUUAUAACCUUCGAAAAGUUGUCCUC